GGUUUUUGUCUUCGUGUUCGUCGUCGUCGUGCUUCGUUUCCCUUCUUCCUUCAUCCGCCAUCGCCUCUUUCUGGGCCUCUAGAAUCGCCAUCCCUGUUCUAUUCCUUCCUUUGUUCAACCUGCGCCGCGACGACGCCCUUCUAUCAUUCCUUCCCCUUUCCGCUCAUUUUGGUACCUAUUUGGAUCCCUCUCUGUUUGGUGCGGUAGCCAGCCCCCGCUCUACCCUCCCUCUUUCUCCACUCAGAUUUUGUUUGGAUAGGGUUCGUCCGACGACUUAAUUUUGGAACUCAUGCUCUCUUGUUUGUGGGGUAAAUCCGAAGCACACCGAGGCAAGUAGCUAGCGAAGGAAGAAUGAAGAAGUCAUCGCAAUAAUCUUUGGAAGACUAUUAUGUAAUACAAUGCGCCGCUAAGAGACAGCUAUCCCUGUAGUGCAUGUCUUGGUUACGAAAGCUUGAGUGUAGAAACAAAAGGUGUUUUUGUUUCCCUAGCUCGGUAGCGGAAACUGAAAUGACUUUUGGCAAGAUUUUUAGGUUAUAGCGAGCCGUGGAGGUUGUUGCGGACAGAUUCCGGAAUAAACAUCUAAAGCAGUGGGAGGGAGGAUUUUGAGGGGGAAACGCUGGCGCGCCCAGGGGAUGCCUGAUGGCGGAUCAGCCCCAAUCGCAUUUACUUUUUGAUGAAAUUCGUCUGGAAGUAAAAGGGCAGAAGAGCAGAAUCUUAAGCAUCGUCUCAAGCGGAGCUAGGGAUAAGGGUGGGGGUAUAAACGGGGAGGAAGAAUGCUGAGCGUGGUGCGGGUGCACCUCCCGACCGACAUUCCCAUCGUAGGCUGCGAGUUGUCGGCCUAUGUGCUCUUACGACGGGGUGAUUCAAGUCUUUCCCCAGAAGAUGUCACCGAGGCCUCGUCAAUCGACGGCUAUUUCCUUCAGUGUCGAUGGUAUCGACUGCAGAAUGAGCAGAAGGUUUUAGUCUGCUGUGUACACCCGUCUGAGCCUGCUACACUCCAAUGUGUGCAGUGCAUGAAAGCAAAACUUCCCCAGUCGAAGAGCUUGCAUUGCACCCAGAAGUGUUUUACAGACUCAUGGCGGCACCAUGUUAUUAUGCACCAGGAGGCUGCUGACAAGCGAGAAAAUGGCUUCGAAGAAGAUGAAUCCCCGUUUACGUUCAACUCGAACCCGGCAAAAACUCUUCGGUCCCUGGAUGGGAGUCUGGGUAGUGCUGCUACGCGAAUGGCCAAUCAUUCCAAUGGAUCCAUAUUCUCUAGCCCCGUUCGGAUGGCAUCGCACAACCAGGAUCAGGAGGCUGGUGAAGUUUGGUGUGAAGUUGGACAGGGGAAGACUUACACACCGACUACGGAGGACGUAGGUCACAUCCUGAAGAUAGAGUGUGUAGUCAUCGACGGAAGCACAGGGCGGCCAGCUGAAACCCCUCAUCAGAGACAAACAUCACGCGUGAUCCCUGCACCAUCUCCAACCCCGCGGCGGUUGGUGACGGUAAAUUCGAUGGAAGGAACGGGUCUGGUGGAGACAGAUGGACGGACAGCGACUUCUGGGACUUUUACGGUGCUAUCGUACAAUGUUCUGUCGGACCUGUAUGCCACCAGUGAGCAGUACAGCUAUUGCCCUCCAUGGGCAUUGGCAUGGACAUAUCGAAGGCAGAAUCUGUUACGGGAGAUUGUGGCGUACCGAGCAGACAUUCUGUGUCUUCAGGAGGUGCAAAGUGAUCAUUAUGAGGAUUUUUAUGCGCCUGAGUUAGAGAAGCAUGGUUACACCGGUGUUUACAAGAAGAAAACUGGGGAGGUGUAUACAGGUUCUGUUUAUGUUAUUGAUGGUUGCGCAACGUUUUUCCGUCGAGAUCGCUUCUCAUUAGUGAAGAAAUAUGAGGUGGAGUUUAACAAGGCUGCUCAGUCAUUGUCAGAAGCUCUGAUACCAUCUACUAAAAAAGCGGCUUUGAGCAGGCUUUUGAAGGACAAUGUGGCAUUGAUCGUGGUACUGGAAGCGCGUGAUACUGGAGGGUUUAUGGAUCCUCAAGCCGUUUCAGGCAAGCGUGGCCAGCUUCUGUGUGUGGCAAACACACAUAUUCAUGCAAACCAGGAACUUAAGGACGUCAAGCUUUGGCAGGUACAUACUCUCCUCAAAGGUCUUGAGAAGAUAGCAGCCAGCGCAGACAUUCCCAUGCUGGUGGCUGGCGAUUUUAACUCUGUUCCUGGCAGUGCACCUCACUGUCUGUUGUCAACAGGUAGUGUGGAUCCUUCCCAUCCAGACCUGCAAGUUGAUCCACUGAACAUUUUGCGGCCUGCAAGCAAACUUUGCCAUUCACUGCCCUUGGUAAGUGCUUACGCAGAAUUUGGGAGAUUGAUCGGAAAUGGUCCUACAGUAGAGAAACAGAGGCGGCGAAUGGAUCCAACCACCUGGGAACCACAAUUUACAAAUUGUACUCGAGAUUUUCUGGGCACGCUUGAUUAUAUUUUCUACACUGCGGACUCGCUUAGUGUGGAGUCACUCUUGGAACUGCUGGAUGAAGACAGUUUACGCAAAGACACUGGGUUACCCUCUCCGGAAUGGUCAUCAGAUCAUAUUGCUCUACUGGCGGAAUUCCGAUGCAAGCCUCGGAUGCGUCGCUAGACCGACCUCUGCAAGAUUUGUGCGGAUUUUACUUGUUGCAGUUUGCUUAAGCUUUGGUAUAGCCUGCUUGUCUGAGCAGCCAACUGCUUGUGACUUCAUUUCUCAUCCGUUGGGUUGUCUUUCACGCUGUUCCAGAAAUUAGGGUACAGCAGCUGAGGUUGUGUAUUUUCCCCAAGAUUUCGGUUCGUUGACAAUUAGCAUGUUCAAAUCAUUAGAGACAUGAAGUACCACUUAGAUUUGGAACUGAUGUAUGAGGUUCAGAUUUUGAGCUCCCACAGUAGCUGCCACCAGUUUCUUGGACAUAUUUUAGCAACCUCCAACAGGAGAGAUGUAGCUGGAUUGGAGAAUGCUCCAAUUGAGUCACUAGUGCAGAUGUACAUUUUGCUAGGUCACUAGCUAUUGGGUGUUCACUCUUACCGGUACCUGAUUGCUCAAUAAGCUGUCAGUCUGCGUAAUAACAAAGCCCAAUUGUGCCCCUUUUUCGUUUUCUCUUC